UCCCCGGGAGUAGCGCCUCCUGCACCGGAGAUAGACGACUUUCCCAGCCGCGGUGCUCUCUGGGAACAGCCGCCUUCCAUUGAUGCCCAGAGCCUGAGGCCCCAGAAUGUGCUCCCCAGUGGCCUGGGAGAGACAAUAGGGACGGGACGGGACGGGACGGGCAAAAAGAAAGCAGACUAUUGGCGCCUUUUCUACCUGAGAAAGUCCAUUUUAUUCUCGGUUCAGAAACAAAAGCAGAAGUUGCAGCAGAUCUGGCAACAUCUUGGAGAGAAUUCCGAGUUAAAGAUUCGGGUCGAUUGACCCUUCCUCAGAACUGAUGUUAAAGGCUGCAGGGGUUUCCAGAAAUGACGGCUCCUAACUCCCGAGGUCACAACUGGAGCAGGAAGUCAGAGGAGGAGGAGGAGGAGGAUCCUGUGGAUCAGAUGAUUUCUAGGACGGGGUGUGCUAGCUUCCAUCGAGCUGUACAGGACUGUAUGGCAGAACACCAGGACUGGCGGCAGUGUCAGCGCUCUGUGCAUGACUUCAAACAGUGCAUGGCAGAAUACCAGCGACUGCGAGCUAACCAGCUUGGCCAACACCAGCCUAGCCCAGCUGGCAGCUGAAAUCUGGGCGAAUCAACAACCUCUUUAGUUCGUUUUGUUCUUUCAGAUACUUUCAAAAAUAAAAAAAAUUCUGAAGA